AGUUUAAUAAGCAAUUUCAACACUUCCCUGAGCAAUUUUAUGUACUCAACAAACAGACAGCAAGAGGGAAAUCAGAUACGCCACACCAUACUGGCCGACUUUUCUGCACAGAGGCUGUUUAAAUUGAGAAGUGCACAGGAAGUACAAACUUGUUUGUUUAUCGCCUCAUGACAAACAUCAACACUGUUCAUAUACAACACUGUGGAUUCUUAAAGGGGCCAUUCUUCUGAAAACAAAUCUCUUCCAAAUUCAGUGUAUAAGGUUAAUGUUCACACCUCAUUAAUUUUUUGGGAUACGAGAUCUCCUCUCAAGGCUUUGGGUAAGAAUGAAAGCUUGGGGAAGCUAUUUUUAAUCACAACGGGGAGGCCCAGAUAACGGUAGUGGUGGAGGAGGGAAUUGCCCUGUUUAAAUCCAACUUAUCUCCCUAUAACCUCAGCUGGUGUGGGAGGACAGAAGAGGGCCCCAGAGAGGACAGCGAUAGCUCGGGAUCUGGGAGGACUAAAAUUCACAGCGUUUUCUGCUGCUGGCCCAGGGCAGUCCCUGAGGGUCCUCCCUCCUGUCUUUCAAACUCUUCCUCCUGCUCUGAUGUCUCCCUGCGCCUGACCCUCCCUCUCUCCUCCCACGUUCCUACUUGUCUUUCUGGAACCUUCCUCUGUGUAACUGGCCUGCCCUUUGGGACAUAGUCCUGGGACCUUGGGAAUAAAGAAGACAGGCAUUGAAGGUGUUUCUUCUCACUAACAAAAAAAAAGCUAUCCAGGGAAAAGUGUCUGUUAUGCGAUGAGUUCCUUCAGCACCAGAGCGCUGACGGUCCUCUCCUCCGUGUUUGGGGCGUGCGGCCUUCUCCUGGUGGGUGUGGCCGUGUCCACAGACUACUGGCUGCUCAUGGAAGAGGGCAUCGUGCUCCAGCAGAACCAGACCAUGGAGGUCAAGAUGGCGCUACACUCCGGCCUCUGGAGGGUCUGCUUCGUAGCUGGGCCAGAAAAAGGAAGAUGCGUGGCGUCCGAGUACUUCACAGAGCCAGAAAUCGAGAUUACGACCGAGAACACUGCGAAUAUCCUGAAGAUGGUGAGGACUGCCACGCCCUUCCCCAUGGUGUCUCUCCUCUUCGUCUUCACUGCCUUCGUCAUCAGUAACAUCGGACACAUCCGGCCCCAGCGCACCAUCUUGGCGUUUGUGUCCGGAAUCUUCUUUAUCCUCUCAGGCUUGAGUCUGGUGGUGGGUUUGGUGCUAUAUAUCUCCAGCAUAAAUGACGAGGUGAUGAAUCGUCCACGGGAGCCCGAGGGCUUCUUCCACUACCACUAUGGCUGGUCCUUCGCUUUUGCAGCCAGCUCCUUCCUCCUGAAAGAGGGUGCGGGGGUGAUGUCCGUUUACCUGUUCAUGAAGCGCUACACGGAGGAGGAGAUGUAUCGGCCACACCCUGCUCUCUACCGCCCCCGGCUGUCCGAGUGCAGCGACUACAGCGGCCAGUACCUGCACCCGGAGUCCUGGCCGCCUCCCCAGCGUGGCCGCAGCGCCUCGGAGGUCUCCAGCGACAUCUCCAUCCAGCUCAACCAGACCACGCCGCCGGGUCCACCCAAGGGCAGCGGCUCUGGGCCGCCGCAGCACAGCGGGCCCUCCUCCUCCGGGCCGUCGUCGGGGGCGAGCUACCACCACCACGCUCCACAGUCCUCCUCCUCCUCUUCCUCCUACCCCCACUCCAUGCACCACGCCGCCGCCGCUGCCGGCCACAACCCCCAGUCCCUGCCCAUGGCCACGCCCCCGUCGGCUGUGCCCCCGCCCCGUUAUCACACGCAUAUGCGCAUGAGCGCCUCCCCCUGCUAGAGGAAGAAGAGGGAGGAAGAGAGAGAGAGAGAGAGAGAGAAAGAGAGAAAGAAAGAGCGCCAUAUCCUCUGCUCUGCACUCCUGGAAACACAUGCCUAUAGCAUAUACAAACAGACAUGCCCAAACACAUGCACGCGAACACAAAUAAAUACACACAUGCACAGACACACACACACACACACACACACACACACACAUGUACAUACCCAGGGUUGGGUGCGGUCAUCAAAUAUGAAAUAUAAGAGUUGGAGAUGAAGAAAAGAAAAGAUAGACCAAAGGGAAGGUAAGGGAGGGAAAAGAUUGGUGUGUGUGUGUGUGUGUGUGUGUGUGUGUGUGUGUGUGUG